UCCACCGCGCAGUGGGUCCAUCGUUCAAGAAUUCCUCAGCCGAAUAUACUCUUCUCUGUCUUCAAGAAUUCCGUCUUUUUUUAACUCUAAUCUCCUUUUUGUUCAUUAUGAUAUAAAGACAAGAGACGGGUUUCAAUUAUUCUUUUACUGUCGUCGGCCUCUUGUUGCUUUCUCCCUUAAUAUUUGCUGAAUAUGGAUGUGGUGGAGCUUUUAGUGUUGUGUGUUCUGGGGUUUUCUGUUUUAGUGUUCUUGAUUCUUGACAAUCUUGUUGCGAUCGAGGAGAGCAGAAGAACUUAUCGUGAAACAGACAAAAGCACUGAUCUUUUUAAUGAUUCUGAAAGCAAAACUAGGAUUGGGUCUUCAGCAGUGGAAUCAGUGAACGAGAGUUGUCAUCAAGACGAGGAAAAGAGUGUCGGUGCUGCUGAAGAGGCUGAAAACAGAGUAACAGAAGAAAAAGAAACAGGAGUUCCAGUUAGUGUAAGGUCUGAGGAAUCGGUUUCUUGCAGUGGGUUUAAGGAUGAUGUUUGUCAGAAUAUGGGAAUCUGUGAGGAUGAUUGUGAAGGAGAAGAGGGAUUGAUUGAUGAUGAUUGGGAGGGAAUAGAAAGGACUGAACUGGAAAAGAAUUUUGGUGAAGCAGUGGUUUUUGUGGGUUCUGAGAGCAAUGCUGAUCAGAUUGCUGAUGUGAAGUUGCAGUUAUAUGGGCUUCAAAAGGUUGCUCUUGAAGGGCCUUGCCAUGGAUCACAGCCUAUGGCAUUGAAGAUUUCAGCUCGCUACAAGUGGAAUGCUUGGCAGAAGCUCGGGAACAUGAGUAGGGAGAUGGCAAUGGAGAAGUAUAUCGAUGUUCUAUCGCAGGCUGUUCCUAAUUGGCAGGGGGAACGUACGCAAACUAUUCAAGAUGGAGCAACUUCAGAGGAUCUAACUAUGCAGAAAUGCUGAAGCUGAAAGAUAAGCUAUAUAGGAUGUGAAUCUACCUUUUGUUUUUGUUAGGACAGUAUAUAUUAAACAUCCAAUUAUUUCUUUGGUAAAUUGGAUAAGACAAUGUGGAUUUAUCCAUUUCUAUAUUCAUUCUGAUAUCUUAAAUCUCCCCAGUAAUCUGGGAACAAAAAUAUAUGACAAUGAUUUGUCUUAGACGAAUUUCUGCUUCUGACAUGCCGGACCUUUCUACCGUUAUGUGUUGCUGAGGCAAAUGAUUUGCUUAAGGUUUACAUUGUUAAGACGGGAAAUGUUUUGCGCUACUGGUUGUUUGUCUAUGUAUAAAAUGUAAUACAAAAUGCGAUACGAAUCUGCAA